CCGCUUGAAGAGGCGCGGAAUUAUUGUCCUGUCGGUAGGUUUUUUUGGUACAGUUCUGUAUGUGAGCCAGUAUCAAAAAUCUCCACUCAUACUGCAAAUGGGACUACUAGUUGUAAUUCUAUAUACAGUUAAGACUGUUGGUUAUGUUAACAUCAUUAUCCCCAGUGGGUUUCAAGAAAAUAAGUGGUUAUUUGAUGAUAGGAUACAGUUUAUUAUUUAUUUCGAGUCAUCUCAGCAGAAACGUUCUGCUUAAAUCCCCAUCAUUGCGCUCCACCGAAUGAAUUUUUAACAAUUGCACAUUAAAGGACAAACACCUGCUUAAGGUUACCUUUUCACCUUGAGUCAAUUCCAUUCCGAAUGCUUUCCCAGCCGAUAUGAGCCCGACCCCCUCAGUGUACAGCCCCAAGAGGAGAACUGAAGACCGUUUGUGACCCAUGGCUUGUCUUUCGCCUGAGACGUUUGCGCCGAAACCGUGUUUCACAACUUACAUCAAUUACCAUCGACAUGAGUACUUGAUUUAUCAUCAGCCUGUUUCUACUCACUUUAUCCCUUGUCAUCUCCGUUUAUCUGUUAUUUUAAAACCGUGUUUAUUUGUAUCUCAGCGCAAUUCGUUUACUCGUGAUUGAUUCCUUGCUCCUCUGCAUUCCAAUCUCGUAGUUUCGAUCUAUAACUAACCAACAUACUUUAUCAUGAUCGCUGGAAGCUCUAACAACCCCAUAGAUAGUCAAGAGAUGUUAGCUUCCAAAUAACUACUAAGUUCACUAGGAAUAGUUCACUUUGAGUGACCAGACAACUCAUUGUAAGCAUUAAGGACUUGAAACAUUAUUGUAACGCCAAGAACCUAACACAAAAGAUCAGUCGGUUUACACUCGCUUGCCACAAAGAUAAGAGGCACAUAAUUUACUCCAGAGCGAAGUGCCGUAAGUCCAGUGAUUUAAGUGGAACCGAUUGCCGUAUCAUUUAUGCCAUUUACCUUUUCAUCUCAGUUUCUUAGGGAACUGUGCUAAGUUGCUGAUAACUGAAAUCAGAUACAUAUCUGUUUGUACUUUCUUAAAUUUAAAUAUUUUCAGCUUAUUCGUGUUUGAAAGAAACAGCAUCAAAGUACUUACUUUUCAUGCAAAAUCUGAGUGGCGAUGUCAUCUAACAUCCUUUACAACUUUUAUGGUGUGCUCAGGUUACUAAUGUGUUAGGCAGUAAUGACACAUCCAAUGUUUAAUGCUUCCAAGAUCUACAUAGUCUUGGCGGAUUUUUGUUAUUGAGAAGAGUUCCGAAACUAUUAAAGCCUGACAUAGGUUCUAGACGUCUUUUCUUCCUAUCACAUUACUAUGCUGUUCAUAGUUGCUGAGUGUUCGUCAUGUGUAGGCGAUUGAAGAGUAGUUAUAGGCCAGUUGUUUGUUGGAGCGUUUUUCCUGUUGGUUUAAUCCUUGAGAUUAAAAUUAAAUUGUGAUUUAAUCUUUCUAAAAUGGCCACAAACAGCUGGUGUUUUAAUACCAGUCCUCUUUCUGUAAUAUUUGCACCUAAGGAUUUUAGAGUGAUUAUGUCAUCUAUCACUGAUACAAUAAGUCAGUGCAAUGUCACAGUACAAUGUCACCUUCUAGUGUUCUAUCUAAUCUGAUCCUAGUUUAGGGAAGACUUCGCACCCCGUUUUUAUUCAGUUAUUUAUUUUAACACAUUGGUACAAGGAGGCACCAAAUACAUAUGCACCACACAUCUCAUUUGAUUUGUGUGAGAGCCGUGAUACUGUCCGGGUGCCCAAACCGAAGCAGAUGGUUUUCUAAGGGGGCCACAACCGGAGCCUUCGACCUGAAGGUCUGAUCCACAAGGCAGUGAAGCAACGUCAGGAGAUGCAGUUCCAUGGUAGCCGGUGACGAACGAUUAGUUCCCUUAGGAUACUGGAGCCCAUGUGCACCAUUGGUUUGGAAUCAGGGUUUCCCAACUUCCUAGGUGGACUCUCCAUGUCCACCAACCCGGUCAAAGCGCCGGAGAUUCGCUUUUCGCCCUCACUUUCGUAAACAACACCCCCACCACGAGAAGGCAAUGAGUAGGACUUCCCUGUCGAUGGCUAUAUACGCGUGGCCAUGUGAGAGCAUUACCAACCAAAGGCACAAUCUUGCUUAUUGUCUUCAUCUGACAGCGUUACAUGUUGUCUUGAAACUCCUGGCUCAGUAGGUGCAUCACAUAGAAGCACUGUUCCAGUCGCACUUAGAGAUGAGCGAGACUGAAUCAAAGUAUGAGUUGCGUAGUUCCUUUGAAAUGAAACAUCCACAAAUUGUGCCUGUACAUCAUUUCGUUAGCCUGAUGUUUAAAAUGGCCAGAGGCAGGUUCAUUUUAUAUUUCCCAAAUAGUUCAUAAACCGCAUUCCGACUGAAAGCUCAAGGCAUGUAACCACUGUGCUCUAAGCUUUGUUUUACGAACUAUUAUUUUGUAUAUGGAGAUCGCAACUGACUGGCAGUUUUCUCCAGUACAUACUGGAUUGAGUCGACCAAAAGCCCCGCUCAAACCACUUAUUAAAUCUCAGAGUAUUUAAGGAAAAACAAAUGUUAAAACAGACCCAGAGCAACAAAUAAAUUUGACCUCGUGCAUAUUCCGACAUCAGCUUCUCUACCUUUGUAAGCUAUUUAUGGGAACCAUUUCAAGCAUAUAACGUUGCUAAAAUGUGCUAAUUCGUUGUUAGAAAUUUACAUUACUAGCGUAAAACAUGUUACGGCAGACAGCUAGCCUGGAUGUUUGGUGUUUUGAGAUGGGAACUUAAUUUUUUGGAAAUAAUGGUUCCAUCCAGAUGACACAUCUUUAUCACUGACGUUCGGUGGUUUUGUUUCGAUGUAUACGGUAGUAUAUUUGAUCCCCCGAGUCAUUUGGUUUUGUAUGUUGCAGAACUUUAUGUAAAUAUCUUUUUAAACCUGGAUUUCACAAAUGUUAAUUGAAAAAAAUCGGGAACCAACUUUACAUGCUUCAGAGUCGUCUGAACCCCAGACAGAUUAUAAUCCCAGCACGACUGAAACAACUAAUCGAUCUGCAGACAAUCCUGGGCCUUGUCUAGAUAGCACCGUACGUAAAGCUGAUGGGAUGAGCGAUAGUGAUUUUGACGAACGGGACGUUUCGGUAGAAGAUGAUGACAGUAUUCCUCCAGAGGAAGAUGCUGCUGACGAGGAAGAAGUAUCAAGUCUCAUGAAAGAAAGUCAAAUGUCAUUAGAUGAACUUUUAGCUACAUACGGAAUUCCUGCAAACCCUUACGGGAAAGACGGCGACUCUGUUGCAGUUUCCUGUAGCAGCAUUUCCAGAGGUAAAUCUGGGCGCUUAAAAAGCAUUCGACACACUGUUACUCCUUCAAGUUUAGCUUCAUUACGGGAGGAAUCGGUAUCAUUACCUCCAGCUAAGAAGUUUCGUCGUGCUGCUCACAUAUCUCUCUGCUUAAAUAUUGGAAAUAAUGAUAUUUCUACAGGAGGAACUAGACCAGUAUCAUCAGCUGAUUACCCAACCAUUCGUUCAUCGUCAGAUAUUGAUGCAUUGGUAGAUAAAAACAAAGUCGAUACACCUCCAUUACGUUGUCUCACUGUAUUUCCACAUCCACACUCAGUCCCUUGUUCGCAUAGCACUAGUCCGGUGUCUAUAGAUGUAUCAUCUUCUGAUCCUCCUUCAGCCACUGCAACUCCUAGUUAUUCAAAACAACAUGCCUCAGAAGACUCAACUAUUAGUCGCAAAAGCUCAUCGCGUAGUCAUCUACUUAGGUCCCGCUCAAAAUCUAACCUAGCUAUCCAUACUUCUGAAUUAUUGGACAGUGCAACUCCAAAUGAAGAGAAUCAGUUGGAGGAAGAGGAUGUUGAUACAAGUGUGCCUAACUUUGAGCUGGAUGUAGAAAAUCAUUUCCAGAAAAAUGAACAAACUACUGACGAUAAGUUUGAAGUCAAUCAAGAUUAUUCUUCACGUUUCUGGAAGAGUGCAAUUACUGGUCAAGAAACUACACCUUCGUACAAUUCAGACGAAGACGAAGACUACUGUCCAAGUGAAGAUAGUGGUCGUGAUUGGAAAGGUGAGAUAAAAAUUGGUGAAGAUUAUCAGGCAAAUAUCCCUAUGCUUGCCCUAGCAUCAAAUGUAAUGGAGAAUCAAUGUGAUGAAAGUCGAUCAUCGUAUUAUGGUUCUGAACGGAUUUUUCAAGAAUCUAGUCUUGUAUGGAAACCUUCGGAAAAGCUCUGUGAAGCUGAUGUCACACGCUUUGAGAGAUCAUAUGCCCAAGUUGUUUUGUCAACACUGCCUACUGAACGAACAAUAGACGACGAAGAGGCUUUAUUCUUGUUAAUGCGUUGUGAUUAUGAUACGGAUGAGGCGCUGCAACGAUUACAAUUUAAAGCAAUAUCACCAAUGGCUGUUCCCGGUUAUCUAGAUUCAUGGUCGGAGUCUGAUUGUGCAGCAUUUGAGAAAAGUUUCGCUUUAUGUGGAAAAGAUUUUCGUCAAAUACGAGAGACACGACUUCGUCAUAAAACUGUGUCGGAACUGAUUCAUUUUUAUUACCUUUGGAAGAAGACAGCACGUCAUGAUGAGUUUGCACGAAUAUAUCGUAGGGAUAAAAAAAAGUCUUCACAUCCUAACAUUGCUGAUUUUAUGGAUUGCUUGGCUAUGGAACAAGAAAUUCUAGCGGAAUCCUAUAUGCAAAAUGCCAGUGAUAUAGUUUUGUCAACUGCAACAUCGAAUGCAGAUAUUCAAUCCUAUCCUCAUAAAUCCAUUCAGCAUGCUUCAAUCAAUAAUAUCGGUUCCAUAAAAGCUAGUGGUUGUCAGUUAGGCUCAUCAAUCAGUUGUAACAAUGGUCAAAAUACUGGAGUAGUGUCAGCGAAUUGCAGUGAAACCUGUACUUCAAGAAGUCCUGUUAAUCGAUUUACAGCUUUGUCAGACGACAUGAUAAACAGUGAAGUCACUACCAGUAUAUGCUUAGAUGCUCCUGGAAAUCAAUGCAAAUCGAAAACAAGUGGUAACUCAUUGAGUUUAUCAGUAAAUACAACUAAUAAUAAUAAUAAUAAUAAUAAUAAUAAUAAUAAUAAUAAUAAUAAUAAUAAUAAUAAUAAUAAUAAUAAUAAUAAUAAUUACAAUGGAGCUUUUUGUAUAGAGCAAUCAGAGCAUAUGCCUAGUUCAUCAUCUACACGUACAGCAUUGUCAUCAACUGUAACUGUUUAGAGUUAACGGCGUUGGAAAAUAUAUUCGAUACUUUUUUUGGCUACAUUUUACUGUUUCUUGUUCUACAUGUAACACCAAUUUUUAUAUGCAAUUCUUCAUUUAAGAUUCCGAUCUCUUGAUAACUUAAGGUUUUUUCUACUGAUUUUUAAGUGAUUGUACUUCAAUUUGCUGUAAAACUUUCUUGUUGUCUUUUGGUAGUUUGCUUGUAUGUUAGUAGAUCUAUGUAAGUCUGAAUAAUGUGUAUUAUAUGAAACAACUACUGCUACUUUAAAAACAAUGUGAGUUCAAAAACAGUAUUUCUCAUCACUCAUGUUAUUGUAUGUAGCUAGGUAUAUACUGUUGCUCUUCAUUAUUGUCAUAUUAUCUUUUGCUUCCCUUAAUCAACCUGUAUUCAUGUUUAGAAUAUAUUUUCCUGAUUUACUUCUAUUAUAUUUGUAUUUUUAUCCUUUGCACGACGGAUGUUUUCUCACUAAAUGUUCCUGUCUUCUACUGUACUGAUAAAACUAAGAUGGAAAUGCUGUUAAUAACAUGUAUAAAAUAUAAAUUGUGUAACAACA